AUGAUUCAUCCAUGCCUUAGUUCUGAUGCCUUGAACGACCUCAAGAACAAAAUGCCCAUAUCAAGUUCGGUUAUCAAUUACUUUUGCUCUAAACUACGUAACAAGUUCAAAGAUCAUCCAAAGUCUUUUUACUUCAUGGAACCAAACAUUUCAUCCUUUAUUUUUGAUAAAUCAGUUGAAUUCUCAAGAGAUUUUAUGAAAACCAGGGAUGUAAAGUCAAACGAUAUUGUUUUUAUCUUCUUAUAUAACAAUGCCCACUUUUCAUUGCUUUGCUACAUGCCAAAAAUGAAGAAGCAAUGCUUCAUACAUCUGGAUUCACUCAAAAACGCUCAUCAUCAGUACGCUCUUGAAUUCACCAAUAAAUUCAUAAAUAUCUUUGAAGCCAAGUGCAAUCCUAAAACCGCUUUUGCAGAGCUCGGAUGCCCACAGCAAAACAAUGAUUAUGACUGCGGUAUUUACUCUUGUGCAUUUGUUGACUUAAUUGCUUCAAAUUUCACCUUUAAUAAGAAGAUCUUUGAAACAAUUACACCAACAUACAUUUCAAAACUUAGAGGAGAGCUCUUCAGUACAAUUACUAGUGAGCAGACCCAAACUAAUAUCGAAAUACCAUGCUCUCAGCCAAAUCCUCAGGUAGACCAAUCAUAG